AAUGCGUCAUGUGACCGAAUGCGGAAAUGAGCGCAGGAGGUAACGUUAGGGCCCGGUGCUGCUUCAAGUAAUUGUAAAUAGGUAUGCUGGAAAACAGGUAUUUCUGUGAAUCUGCAUGACCUACGCCGAACAGACCGUGGACAUGUCUCAGAGGGAGCUGAAGGAAGCAUUUGUCCGUAAUCUCAAUGGGACCAGUCUGCAGGAGGUGGCACUGGGCUCAUUUCUCGCCCCACUAAAUAUCAUCAGCAGAGGCCUGGUUCUGAUCCUCUUCCAUCUGGCCAAAGGGACUCUUCCGCUGCCACUGCCACUGAUUUCUCACCUGCUUCUAGACUUCACCGUGCUUAUUCUUCCCCUCGUUCUGUCAUGCACCGUUCUGAGCAGCGUUCUUCACCAGGUCAUCCUGGGCCUAGCCUUUGUUUCGGCCUCCGUGUUUUGCUAUAUCUACCGUGUCAACAGGCAUCCUCCGGCUCGGCACCCACAGAACACUGUCAGCACCUUCCUUCAAAGUCACGUUCAGGUCGACCAGGUUCCCUUUGUGACUAUGUUUCGAGUGUUUGUAAAUGUGAAAACAGCAAUCAGCAUUCUCGCAGUAGAUUUCACUGUCUUCCCAAGGCGAUAUGCAAAAACAGAAACCUAUGGGACAGGUGUUAUGGACUUUGGAGUUGGAGCGUAUGUCUUUGCAAAUGCCCUUGUCUGCCCAGAGGCACGGAGGAAGAACAUAUCAGGAUCCAAGAUUAAUCAUAUCACAAAGCAGCUCCUGGCUGUCUGGCCCCUGGUUGUUCUUGGUAUGAUGAGACUAGUGAGUGUCAAAAUGACUGACUACCAGGAGCAUGUGACAGAAUAUGGCGUCCACUGGAAUUUCUUCUUCACACUAGCCAUCGUCAGAGUUGUGGCUUCUGUGCUUCUGGCUGUUGUACCAGCGAGUCAGUCGUGGGUCUUUGCCCUUCUGAUCAGCGGAUUUUAUCAGCUCACUCUGGAGACAUCAGGGCUGAAGUCUUUCAUUAUCCACAACAGUGACAGAGAAAAAGAUUUUCUGCAUGCUAACAAGGAGGGCAUAUUCUCUGUAGUGGGUUAUGUAGCCAUCUACAUGGCAGGAGUUCAGGUUGGACUCUAUGUGAUGCAACCAAGAUCCCAGGUUAGACAGUGGCUCAAAGCACUUUUUAACCUCUUUUUGGGAAGUUUUGUCCUGUAUGCUGCUUUGUAUACCUGUCAGACACUCGUGGAGCCAGUGUCUCGCCGCAUGGCUAAUUUACCCUUCUGCCUCUGGAGUGUUGCUCAGUCUUUGUUUUUUAUGUCCUGCCUUGGUAUAGCUGAUAUGGUAUUACUGUUUUCUAAAAGAACAUCCGCCUGUCACUUGGUACCCACAUCAUGGCAUUUGUAUAAAUCAGACUCAGGAAAGACGGGUGAAAUAGAAAGACUAUGCCUUGUUCAAGCUGUCAGCAGGAAUCAGUUGUUAUUUUUCUUGCUUGCAAAUGUCCUGACAGGAUUGACCAACUCCAUAGUGGACACACUUACUUGUAGCAGUUUAUUAUCAGUGUGUGUUUUGCUGUUGUACAUGUUCAUUAAUUGCGUUGUAAUAUAUGUUUUACAUCUUUGUGGAAUUUCAGUAAAAUUCUGGUGAAAUUACAUUUGUAAAAGUACAGCGUUCAUUUGUGUAUUUUGUGGGGCCGGAGUGACGGACAUUGAAAUUCAGGACAAUUAACUGGGAAGAUGUAAUGUCACAAGAUGAUCUGUAAUGCUAAAGAUACCAUUGUAUAUAAUGUGUUUAUUUCUGCAAAGAAAUACGGGUCUUGAUAAAAUGGUGUUCAGACAUGGUGUUAAGUGUUGUAAACAUCUGCUGUCUUUUAUUGUUUGUUACUUCCCUACUUAUUUCAUUUAAAUACAAUUUUUAAAUUUACAUCCUGCUCACAUCUCAGUGAUUGCAACAUAUAUACUUAAUGUAAUUAUUCAGAUUUAAAAGCAACAGUCAUAUUUAUUAUGAUUACAAUCUGUGCACCUAACAACCAACAUCAUUUAUUGGUACCCAUCUCCCCAGCAUUGGUGCUGAGCUUAAAGGAUAUUAAAGGAUAUUAAACAGCCCAGCCUGUUCACCCUGCUGCCAUCUGGAAAGAGAUAUACAAGUAUCUGUUGUCGCACCACUGGACUGCAGAGUAGCAUUUUACCCCAAGCUAUCAGACUCUUACAUUCAAAUUCAUCCUCUGCUCUGCUUUAUACAAUAAAGUCUAUUUAACCAUUU